CCAUGUUUGGAAUAGCGGAGGGAGGCUACCAUGGCAGUUCUGCCCAUUGGGGAAGAAUCCAAAUUCAAUCCAUCCAUUAUUACACCGAGCGCAAGCUGCAACGUUGUACAAAUUACAUGCAUCGCCGUCGCCAAGCGAAAUCGGGAAACUCCCGGCAUUCAAAAGGCGGGUGGCACAGCCAGCCAUAAAAUCUUUCUGCCAAUGGGAUUUGCCGAACAUCUCUAGGUUCGAAGCCUCACCGCGAAAAGUGUCAUGUCCAAGACUCCCAAAGUACGACCACCUACUACCGCCAACAGUAGUACCUUGACAUGACUCUCG